GAGUUGCAGACUGACAGAUGGGACGCAGUUGGAGUUUUUUCACUUUGUUUGCUCACGAUGCGGGACAUUAAACUCUUGUCUUCCAGCUGAUAGCGUGUAUAAACUAAGUUGAGCUGCUUCAGUAACUCUUCGAAAAGUUCCCACCGGAGUUUCACUGAUUAGAGUUCUUUUUUUUAAUGAGAAGACUUCCACCAUGGUGCAGGAAUACCAGUCCCCUGUCCGGGUCUACAAGCACCCGUUUGAGUUAAUUAUGGCGGCCUACGUGAGAAGGUUCCCAAAGUGCUCAUUGAUCCCAGUGUUUGUUGACAGUGAGAUUAUCAGCCAGAGUGAAAACGAGGAUCGAUCGGUGCUGGUAACUGAGAGGCGCUGUACGAUUGACAUCGAUGCUCCGCGACUUCUCAAAAGGAUUGCUGGUGUCGACUACCUGUACUUCAUCCAAAAGAACACACUGAACCGCAGAGAACGGACCCUCCGCAUCGAGGUCCACAACGAAACCUUUUCCAACAGAGUCAUCGUCCGCGAGUGUUGUAACUACACGGUUCACCCGGAGAAUGAGGACUGGACGUGCUUUGAACAAACUGCUAGUCUGGACAUUAAAUCCUUUUUUGGCUUCGAGAGCACCGCCGAGAAAAUAGCAAUGAAGCAGUACGCUGCCAGCAUUAAGAAGGGUAAAGAAAUUAUCGAGUACUACCUCAAAGAGCUGCAGGAAGAAGGGGUUACUUACAUACCUCGCUGGACCCCACCGCAUGACUCGGGCGCAGUUACCUCUAAGGCUCGGUUGCCUCCAUCUUCCACAGCGAGAACAAUCCCCAGACACAGCGCCAGGGAUGGACUGCCAUAUAAAGAUCCAGCCAGUCCACCAGAGCUAAUGUCUACUUCUCCUGAUGACAAGUUGGAUGCUGACUACAUCAGACGUUACCUUGGCGACUUAACACCUCUGCAAGAGAGCUGUCUUAUUCGACUGCGCCAGUGGCUCCAGGAAACCCACAAGGGCAAGAUUCCAAAGGAUCAGCAUGUGCUGCGCUUCCUCAGGGCGAGGGAUUUCAACCUGGACAAGGCCAGGGAGUUCUUGUGGCAGUCGCUUACCUGGAGGAAGCAGCAUCAAGUGGAUUUCCUGUUAGACACAUUUGAGCGUCCACAGCUGCUUCAGGAUUAUUACACUGGAGGCUGGCACCACCAUGACAGAGAUGGCCGUCCUCUGUAUAUUUUGCGUCUGGGUCAGAUGGACACUAAAGGCCUGGUUCGAGCCUUAGGGGAGGAGGUGCUACUGAGACAGGUCCUGUCCAUCAAUGAGGAGGGGCUGAGACGUUGUGAGGAAAAUACCAGAGUGUUCGGUCGACCAAUUAGCUGCUGGACAUGCCUGGUGGAUCUAGAGGGACUCAACAUGCGCCACCUGUGGAGGCCCGGCAUCAAAGCCCUGCUGAGAAUAAUCGAGGUCAUUGAGGCCAACUACCCUGAAACCCUGGGCCGCCUGCUCAUCCUGCGGGCUCCCAGAGUUUUUCCAGUGGUCUGGACUCUGGUCAGCCCCCUGAUCGAUGAGAACACCCGCAAGAAGUUCCUUGUUUAUGCUGGAAAUGACUACCAGGGUCCAGGAGGCUUACUCGACUACAUUGACAGAGAGAUCAUCCCUGAUUUUCUGCGAGGAGAAUGCAUGUGUGACAUCCCAGAGGGAGGCACAGUCCCGAAGUCUCUGUACAGGACAGCCGAGGAACUGGAGAGUGAAGAAAACUGCCUGUUGACUGACUCCAUCUACAAGAGCGCCAGCAUCUUCAAAGGCGCUCCGUAUGAGAUGCUGAUUGAGAUCACGGAGGCCUCCUCCGUCAUCACCUGGGACUUUGACGUGUCUAAAGGGGACGUCAUCUUCAAUAUCUACCACUCCAAGAGGGCCCCGCAGCCUCCGAAGAAAGACACGGCCCACGGCAUCGCGUCCCUCGGGGCUGCUAACGCCCAGCUGAUAGACAGGAGCUGGGUGCUGGGCCAGGACUACAGCCUGGUGGAGAAAGCCUUUAUCUGCAGGGAGGGGGAGAGCGUACAGGGCUCACACAUCACACGCUGGCCGGGUUUCUACAUCCUCCAGUGGCGUUUCCACAGCUCCACAGCCUCCACCGCCUCCAGUCUGCCCCGGGUGGACGACGUGCUGGCCUCUCUGCAGGUGUCCUCCCACAAGUGUAAGAUCAUGUACUACACCGAGGUGCUGUCCUCCCAUGACUUCAGAGGCUCUAUGUCCAGCCUGGAGUCUUGUCAGAGUGGCUUCUCUCAGCUCAGCGCUGCCACCACUUCCUCUGGCCAGUCACAGGCCAGCUCCACUGUUUCAAGGUAGCAUCUGAAGACCUGAGUCAGCCCCGGUUGCUCUUUGCCAAUUACAGUCUAUGAAUAGUGUGUUUACAGGGACUUUAGCAUCUCAGUCCUGACCAAAAUUGUCAAGUAUCCCAUUUUAAUGUUUGUGUUCAUUAAAGGUGGAAUACAACAUUUUCUCGAAAAGACGAAGCCCCACGUCUGUUACUCACUUUUUGAACAACGCGCAUGCGCCAUACCAUCCGCCUGGCUCUCCUGCUU